AUGAUAGCAAGUAAACUAUUUAGGAAGGAAAAGGAAAAUGGAUUGAGGACAGUGAAAGAGGUGAAGUUGAUAAGCGCAGGGAAAGUUUUGGAAAACAACAAGACGGUUAAAGACUACCGAAGCCCUGUAUCUACUCUCGUAGACGCUGUCACCACAAUGCAUGUCAUCAUCCAAGCUCUGCUUACUGAAAAAGAAAAGAAGCCUAAAGAUGGUGAUCCUAAGAUGAACAAAUGUGUUUGUUCAAUCAUGUAA